UCCACUCCACUCGCGACGGGCCUUCCUCCGCCGUCGGCCGUCGCCGUCGCCGUCCCCUCCUCCCUCUCCCAAGUCCCAGUCCGAAAACCUCGCGGCCUCACUCCACGCCACCCCGCGCUGCGCGAGAUGCUCCUCGCAGGCCACCAUCUCUCCCUGCUCGCGCUUGCGCUCGUGCCGCUCGCUUCCCUCGUAGGCGCGGCGGCCGCCGGCGCCGGUGAGGGGUUCUGCUCGGCGGAACCGUCCAGCGAUUGCUCCCAGGGGCCUCCGCUCUACUGGAAGGUCACCAACCCCACCCUCGCGCCCGUGCACCUGCAAGAUUUACCUGGCUUCACACGUAGUGUCUACAAAAAGGAUCAUGCUUUAAUAACACCAGAAAGCCAUGUAUUCAGUCCUUUGCCUGAUUGGACCAACACGUUAGGAGCAUAUUUGAUUAGUCCAGCCCUUGGGGCACACUUCACUAUGUACUUGGCAAACAUGCAAGAUGGAUCAAAAUCAGCCCUACCACCGAAAGAUGUUGAAAGGCUUAUUUUUGUACUUCAAGGCAGCAUUGCACUGUCUCUGGAGAGCGAAAGAUCCCACUCUCUGUUGGUAGACUCUUAUGCCUAUCUUCCUCCAAACAUGAAGCACUCUAUGACUUCAGAUGAACUAAGCACCCUGGUCAUCUUUGAGAGGAGGUACACAGCCAUUGGGGAUUACCAUCCUGAUCUAAUUGUUGGUUCAACAGAUAAGCAGCCCCUUCUUGAAACCCCAGGAGAGGUAUUUGAACUGAGGAAGCUGCUACCCACUUCUCUACCUUAUGACUUUAAUAUCCAUAUAAUGGACUUUCAGCCAGGCGAGUAUCUCAAUGUGAAGGAGGUUCAUUACAAUCAACAUGGUCUGCUGCUUUUAGAGGGACAGGGAAUAUAUCGAUUGGGAGACAGCUGGUAUCCGGUGCAAGCAGGUGAUACUAUUUGGAUGGCGCCGUUUGUGCCUCAGUGGUAUGCUGCCCUUGGUAAAACCAAGUCUAGGUACUUGCUGUACAAAGAUGUCAAUAGGAAUCCACUGAUAUGAGCAAGGCAAAAUCACUCUUCAUGGAUGGCGAUAACUCGGCAUAGAGAGCUGUCACAGCUAUGAAGAGUUCCUCUAGAAGGCACUCCCCCAAUUGCUUGCUGGUGCAGGCGAAUUGCUCAGACUCCAGAGUGAAUCAAUGUAAAAAAUGAAGCCAAAUUGGAACCAGAAAUUGUAAUGUUCAUGGCUGCCCAUUUGUGGCUAGAGGACGAUAUGACCUGUAAUCUCAACUGGCUAAACCCUAAAAUAAUUUAAAUGCGUGCGUGGUUACCUUUUC